UAGUAGAUACAUAUAUACUGUAACCAGUAGCUAGCGUUAGCAGUGCUACCAAUUUGAAGUGAAAGUGUAGGAUGAAAAAAUAUGAACUAAAAUGAAAACAGUAUUUUGAAUUUCAGAAUUUUCUAAAAAUUGUAGAAAAUGUUAUGAUGCACUCUUUCAAAAAAUGUUGCUAAACAUCACAACACGAAAAAAAUCAUUUCUCUAAAUAUCGUUUGAUAUUUUACUUUAAUGAAAAUUUAUGACGUUUCACAGUCCCUCAGAUUUGGCUACACCACAGUGAUAUUGAUUUUCCAUAAGAAUUCUGAUCUGCAUUGCAGUAACAAACGUACAAAGAUAUAUUGCAUUUUUCAUUAUGUCUGUCUUCAAAGUAGCAAAGUGUCCAACAGAUGAACUGUCUUUAACGAACUGUGCUGUUAUCAAUGACAAUGAUUUUCCCAGUGCAAAGCAUAUAAGAAUACAUACAGGUGGAGGUCAAGAUUUUGUAUUCUCUGUCAAAAGCCAUUCCGGUGUUUCAAGGUACCAUGUGGGGUUUAGUUUACCCCAGAGAAAGUGGGCUGUCUUAUCCCUCAAUCAAGAAAUCAAUGUUGAACCAUAUCAACCUGAUGAAUAUAUAUCUUCCAUUGUUAUCGAGGCUGAUUACAUGCAAAAAAAAACAACGUCACAGGAACCAUAUGACUCUGAUGAAAUGGCAAAAGAAUUCUUAUAUUGUUUCCCCAAUCAGAUGUUUACAGUUGGUCAGCAGCUGGCAUUUGCAUUCAAAGAUAAAAAGGUUUUACUCCUGUUGAUAAAGGAUAUUGAAGUGGUGAAUAUUUCUUCUAUGAAAGCAGGGGGAGAAAUGAAACCAAGAAAAGCAAAACUUGGCCAGUUGAUACCUGAUACUGUAGUACAAUUUGAAAAAGCUGAAAACUCUUCCUUGAAUCUAACAGGAAAAUCCAAAGGAAAAAUCAUACGUCAAUCUAUAAUUAACCCAGACUGGGAUUUCCAAAAAAUGGGUAUAGGUGGACUGAGCAAUGAGUUUAAUGCAAUAUUCAGACGAGCAUUUGCUUCAAGAGUGUUCCCUCCAGAAAUUGUCGAACAAUUGGGAUGCAAGCAUGUGAAAGGUAUUUUAUUGUAUGGCCCACCUGGUACAGGUAAAACUUUGAUGGCACGACAGAUCGGUAAUAUGUUGAAUGCUCGUGAACCUAAAAUCGUGAAUGGUCCUCAGAUAUUGGAUAAGUAUGUUGGCGAAUCAGAAGCAAAUGUCAGGAGGUUGUUUGCCGAUGCCGAAGAAGAAGAGAAACGAGCAGGACCAAACAGUGGUCUCCACAUAAUAAUCUUUGAUGAAAUUGACGCCAUUUGUAAGCAAAGAGGAUCAGUAGCAGGAAAUACUGGUGUGCAUGAUACUGUUGUUAAUCAACUCCUUUCAAAAAUUGAUGGAGUGGAACAGCUCAAUAAUAUUUUGGUGAUUGGUAUGACAAACAGGAGAGAUAUGAUUGACGAAGCUCUACUCAGACCAGGCAGAUUAGAAGUUCAAGUUGAGAUCAGUUUACCUAAUGAAGAGGGUAGAGUGCAAAUUCUAAACAUUCACACCACUAGGAUGAAACAGUAUAAAAAAUUGAGUUCUGAUGUUGAUUUGAGUGAACUGGCGACGUUAACGAAAAAUUUCUCUGGUGCAGAAUUAGAGGGAUUAGUUAGAGCAGCUCAAUCAACAGCAAUGAAUAGGUUAAUUAAAGCUUCAUCUAAAGUUGAAGUAGAUCCUGAAGCAAUAGAAAAGUUACUAGUAUGCCGUGCAGACUUUCUUCAUGCUUUAGAAAAUGAUAUUAAACCUGCAUUUGGUACAGCUCUGGAAAUUAUAAAUCAAUUCUUGGCUCGAGGUAUUAUAAACUGGGGUCCACCUGUUACAAGUAUUAUGGAAGAUGGCAUGCUUUUUAUUCAACAAGCACGAGCUACUGAUACUUCAGGUUUAGUAUCGGUACUUAUUGAAGGACCUCCAAAUUCGGGUAAAACCGCUUUGGCUGCUCAACUUGCAAAAAAUUCUGAUUUCCCAUUUGUCAAAGUAUGUUCUCCUGAAGAGAUGGUGGGUUACACAGAAACUGCUAAGUGUUUAACUAUUCGAAAAGUCUUCGAUGAUGCUUAUCGUUCCACAUUAAGUUGCAUUUUAGUUGAUAAUAUAGAAAGGUUAUUGGAUUAUGGUCCUAUUGGUCCUAGGUAUUCCAAUUUAACUUUACAAGCUCUACUGGUGUUAUUGAAGAAGCAACCGCCUCCUGGAAAAAAACUGUUGAUUUUAUGUACUACCAGCAGAAGACAAGUCCUGGAAGAAAUGGAAAUGUUAUCAGCUUUCACAGCUGUCUUACAUGUUCCCAAUUUAUCAAAAGCUGAACAUCUACUAAAUGUCCUAGAUGCAUCCGAUGUUUUUUCAAAUCAGGAGUUGAAGCAAAUUACUCAUCAGGUUCACGGCAAGAGGUAUGUUUGUUAUUUUUUCAUGUUGAUGUUGAAAACAGUAAUUUGAGAUUCUUUUGGAGUA